GGCAGGUCCCUGGGCGCGCGGGUGUGACGUCACGCCGCCAGCCGUGGCGCGGAGCCGCUGCCAUGGGGAAGAGCCGCUCGCGGGCGGCCAAGGCCGUCAGCGUCUUCCACAUCGCCCGCAGCGGCGCCGUCAAGGCCAAGGCCAAGAACAAGGCGCGGCCCGUCACCUCCGGGCUAAAGCAGGUGUAUAAAUAUAGAAAUGCUGAGAAAGUUCACACAAUAAACAAAGCAUUUGCUGAAGUUCAGAAAGAAGUACGGCAGCUAUCAAAAGACACCGCAGCAGAAUCUCAGAAGAGUCAUCAGGUUUCCACACAUCUGGAAGAGGAACCAGCAAAUGUGGAUGCUGCCACAAGCUUAUUAUCCCAGUUGUAAUGCAUAAUGGACAAUUAAGGGAUUGCAAAAAUCAGAUAGAAAAUUCUGAUUGGCUUUGUUUGUACAAUUUUAUUAAAAAAAUCUUGUUAAAUAUACAA